AUGAUUUCUGCAAUGUGUUUUUUCGGAGCAUGUCUUGCUGUCAGCCCGACGUAUUCUUUGUUCCUUGACGAUUUGUUGCGUACCGACGGUGCAUUGGCGUCUCUGGUGCUGGUGAGGGACGCGCGUCUCAGAGCUCACGAUGCGUCGCGGGUUUGCGGCAUCGUUUGUAAGGACCGAUGGGUGCCCGUCCACAUGAAGGUCUCAUCAACGGGCUUGGAGGACAGCAUAAGGCACUGCGGCUUCUUUUGGUUUUGCGCAAAGAAUUUAUUGGAUGGUGCGUUUGUUUUCAAACCUUUGCAGCUUUUGUGGGGGAAGGUGGGAGGUUGA